AUGGCUUCGUUUUUAUUUCGAUCAUUUGCACGUAGUUUAAGACCAACUGAAACAUCGGGAUGUCUUCUCAAGUCCAGCGUUGUUUCGGUCAUGUCAUCGCACGAAAACAAAACUCGCCAAGCUUCAACAGGCAAAAUACAAAAGCGUAUCAAAGUUGCCAAUCCAAUCGUUGAAUUGGACGGUGAUGAAAUGACACGUAUUAUUUGGGCCUGGAUUAAAGAAAUGCUUGUCCUGCCUUAUGUUAAUGUUGAUUGCAAAUAUUAUGAUUUGGGCCUUGAAAACCGUGAUGCAACUAAUGAUAAAGUUACUGUUGAUGCAGCAGAAGCUAUCCAACGUUAUAAUGUUGGUAUUAAAUGUGCUACAAUCACACCCGAUGAACAACGAGUCGAAGAAUUUAAAUUGAAAAAAAUGUGGCUAUCACCAAAUGGAACUAUUCGUAAUAUUCUUGGUGGAACCGUUUUUCGUGAACCAAUCAUUUGUAAAACAAUCCCAUUGUUGGUUCCUGGUUGGAAACAGCCCAUCGUUAUUGGUCGUCAUGCAUUUGGUGAUCAAUAUCGUUGUCAAGAUAUGGUCAUCAAAAGUCCAGGACGGGUCACAUUAAAAUAUGCACCAGCUGACGGUUCAGCACCCACAGAAGUUGAAGUUUUCAACUUUAAAAAGUCAGGUGGUGUUUCAUUGGCUAUGUACAAUACCGAUGAAUCUAUUACAGGCUUUGCCCACUCAUGCUUUCAAUAUGCGCUUGCAAAAAAUUAUCCAUUAUAUUUGUCAACGAAAAAUACAAUUCUCAAAAAAUAUGAUGGUCGAUUUAAGGAUAUAUUUGAAGAUAUCUAUCAACAACAAUAUAAACAAGAUUUUGAGAAGAAUAAAAUCUGGUAUGAACAUCGAUUAAUUGAUGAUAUGGUUGCACAAGCACUUAAAAGCAGCGGUGGUUUCGUUUGGGCAUGUAAAAAUUAUGAUGGUGAUGUUCAAUCAGAUAUUGUUGCACAAGGCUAUGGCAGUCUUGGCCUUAUGUCAUCAGUACUGGUAUGCCCUGAUGGAAAAACAAUUGAAGCGGAAGCUGCUCAUGGUACUGUAACACGUCAUUAUCGUGAACAUCAAAAAGGACGACCAACAAGCACAAAUCCAAUCGCUAGUAUUUUUGCUUGGACUCGUGGUCUUGAACACCGUGGUAAACUUGAUGGCAAUGAAGAACUUCAACGUUGGUGUCACUUACUUGAACAAGCGUGCGUUGACACAGUCGAUUCCAAGAAAAUGACCAAAGAUCUCGUCGCUUGUAUUCAUGGAUUAAAGAACGUCAAAGAAGGAAUGUACUUGAAUACGAAAGAUUUCAUCGAUGAAAUCAAAAUCACAUUAGACAAGAAGCUUCACUAA